AUGCCUCACUAUGUAAGGUUUUUGAAACCGCCGAGGAUAGAGGCGAGCAGCAUCAAAACACUGGUCACACUGACAACUGACCUGGGAGACUCGUUCCUCGCGGAGGAGGUUGAGCUCACGGCCUCAGUGCUGCGUGUUGACGACGACGACGGCAGCCUCAAUAAUGGCAGACACGGUAUGCGGUGCAUAAAACAGAAGAACUUUACUUGGACGGCUGGCUCCCGUCAAGUGUUGAUAGCCAUUGAUGGUCUCAAGCUGGAUCUGCGGCGGCACGGCCUGCAGUUGCAUAUAGGGCUUGCAGACCAUGGACAUCAACCUGGGCCAGACGAUGACUUUGCUGUCUCGUCAGCUAUUCCAAUGGUGAUAUCAGCAUGGAGUCCGCCUUUUGGUGGUUCAGGGUCUCCUCAGGCUGACAAGCUGGCUCUCAGAUGGUUCAGGACUAGAUGUCCUGCUGAGGUGCGGAUAUGGGAAGAGACUGGCAACAAUCUCGCAAGACAUAUCUGGGAUGCCUCGCUCGCAUGGCUGAUGCUCUUUCAAGAGACACUUGCUCCGGUUAAUGCUGGUGGCGGUGACGAUAGUCAGGCUACGUCUCCGUUUCUCGUGUUUAAAGACUUGAUUCGACGCAAAGACAAGUCGCAUUUCAAUGUAAUUGAACUGGGAGCGGGUUGUGGUAUUGUCGGAAUCGCCCUAGCCCAGUCGUUGAUGGACUGCUUGGUCGUGUUGACUGACCUUGAAGAGGUCCGCGACAUCGUUACCCGUAACAUCAACGUGUCCAACCCAGCGGCGGGCUCUAAGAUCGACUUCCAAGUCCUCGACUGGGAGAUGAGCAUCCCUAGCAGGAUCUCAGAGCAGCAGUAUGACCUAAUUGUUGUAUCCGACUGUACGUACAACUCGGACAGCCUGCCAGCUCUCGUCGACACCAUGGCUGCGCUGAUCAACCGGUCGCCUCGGGCUGCCAUCAUCGUAGCACUCAAAAGACGUCAUGAGAGCGAGGCCGUCUUUUUCGAGCUUAUGCAGCGUGCGAGGCUGGACGUUUGCGACAAGACUCGCAUCCAGUUACCUAGUAUCUGUUCAGACGACCAUCCCGAAGCGGUAGAUAUCGAGAUAUACUGUUUUCGAUUAUCUUCUCCCUCUCUACGAUGA